GGUAUUGGUCGGCCAAGUGUAUACCAUGCGGUGGUGGUCAUCUUUCUGGAAUUCUUUGCCUGGGGGCUCUUGACAACUCCAAUGCUAACAGUCUUACAUGAAACAUUUUCACAUCAUACAUUUUUAAUGAAUGGUCUUAUUCAAGGUGUUAAGGGUUUUUUGUCCUUUCUCAGUGCUCCGCUAAUAGGUGCUUUAUCAGAUGCAUGGGGAAGGAAAUCUUUUCUUCUUCUUACAGUUUUCUUCACCUGUGUCCCAAUUCCAUUAAUGAUAAUAAGUCCAUGGUGGUACUUCGCUAUGAUUUCGGUAUCUGGAAUCUUUUCUGUUACCUUUUCUGUAAUAUUUGCCUAUGUAGCUGAUGUAACACAAGAACAUGAAAGAAUUACAGCCUAUGGACUGGUAUCUGCCACUUUUGCUGCAAGUUUGGUUACUAGUCCUGCCAUUGGAGCGUACCUGUCUGCCAGCUACGGAGAUAAUCUUGUUGCACUGGUGGCCACGCUGGUGGCUGUUGUGGACAUCUGUUUCAUCCUGCUAGCUGUACCAGAAUCUCUGCCAGAAAAAAUGAGACCUUCCUCAUGGGGAGCUUCUAUAUCGUGGGAACAAGCAGAUCCUUUUGCAUCUCUGAAGAAGGUUAGGAAAGAUUCUACGGUUCUCCCAAUCUGCAUUACAGUGUUUCUCUCCUAUCUGCCUGAGGCUGGCCAGUAUUCUAGCUUUUUUCUGUACUUGCGACAGAUUAUAGGUUUUGGAUCUGCUAGCAUUGCAGCAUUUAUAGCUGUGGUAGGCAUUCUGUCUAUAAUAGCUCAGACUGUGUUUCUCAGUAUCUUGAUGAGGUCCAUAGGGAACAAAAAUACAGUUCUCCUUGGCCUUGGAUUUCAGAUCCUUCAGCUGGCUUGGUACGGUUUUGGAUCUCAGUCUUGGAUGAUGUGGGCGGCAGGAGCUAUAGCAGCAAUGUCAAGCAUCACAUUCCCGGCAAUCAGUGCUCUGGUUUCACGAAAUGCAGAGUCGGAUCAACAAGGUGUUGUCCAAGGAAUAAUAACUGGGAUAAGAGGUCUGUGCAAUGGCUUGGGACCAGCACUGUAUGGCUUUAUUUUCUUUCUCUUUCAUGUGGAGCUCAAUGAAUUGCCACCUAAUCAGACUUCUGGAAAAGAAGCAAUGCAAGAUCCCAGUGGUGAG